AAUCUUCAAUUUUUUUUUUGGGUAAAUUUUAAACACACCUGUGAAGUGUGAACCCCUCCGCCUAAACAGGGGACCGACCAAAACAGGGGACAGCUUCUAUGCCUCUUUCUGCGCAUCAGAGUUGCAAAAUUGAAAAGGUGGAUCGGUCAUCGGAGAUUGAGUUUGUCACAGAAAGUCCGGCCAGAGAGAAGAACGAGCACAGCAUUUCCAUUUUUGAAGGACACAGGAACUCAAAUGGCACUGCGUUUCAGCUUUUAGGUAUACCCUCCAAAGGGUUCUUCCUGAAUCAGUGAGAAGCUAUAAAUUUGUUCGUUUCGCCUGUUUUGGUUCUGGGAUUGAGAGUGGAACCCUAAAAACUAGUUUGUGAUAGUUUAGAUUAGUUGGUGUUGAUUCUACGAUUCUUUCUACAUCAUACUUGCCAAAGAAAAGAGGGGGAAAAGAGAAGUUGAAAAAAAUAAUAAUAAGAUAAAGAAACGCCACUGCCACUGUGACUGCCUUGCCACUGCCACUCUGGAGAAAGAGAGAGAGUGAGGAAGGGAGGGAUGAGCAGCGUGCGGCUGAAGAGCCUGGUGGCGGCAGCGGUUAGCAAAGGAGUGACGGAGGCUAGGGCAAGGAUAUUCGGUCACGUGCUGAACCCGACGGGGCAAAGGUCUCCCCACAAGCUCCUCCGCAAGAAGCUCUUCGGCGAGAAAGUCGCGCAGUGGUACCCGCAUGACAUCAACAAGGACGACCCUCUCGUUAUGGCUCGUCAAGAAAAGGAGCGCUUAUCCAAGCUUGAAAUGUUGAGGCGUCGUGGUAAAGGACCACCUAAGAAGGGUCAAGGGAAGCGCGCAGCCAAACGUAACAAAUAGAGGUUGUUUUGUCAUGUGGUUUGAAGUUGGACUUGAUUUGGAAAGCAAGACUUCUAUUAUUUUGAUUUUCAUGUAAUAACUCUUUACAGUUUAGUCUUUAUUCUAUUAGUGGCCACAAUUCAACUAAAUUGUGAUUGAAUGGGAAUGUUUUGGAGUAUCAAAAUAUUCAAAAGCAUCUACUCCAUUCAGAACACAUGCUAUGAAAAAGAAAUGUCGCAUCAUUUUUUUAUGACA